UGCUCAGUCGGCGCUGCAGCGUUGGAACUUGGCGGCGGCGGCGGCUGGGGGAGAAUGAGGAUGUCGUCGCCGGUGUCGCCUCCGAGCUCCUGAGGUGGCCCUCAUGGGGCUGGGCUCCAGCUCCGAAGUCCCCGACGGGGGCUCCGAGGGAUAUCACGUGCACGGGGUUCAGGAAAACUCCCCUGCUCAGCAGGCUGGACUGGAGCCAUUCUUUGAUUUCAUCCUCACAAUAGGACACACCAGACUGAACAAAGAAGGGGACAUCUUAAAAGAUCUGCUGAAAGCCAAUGUUGAGAAGGCUGUGAAACUGGAGGUGUACAACAUUAAAACGAUGAAAGUGCGUGAAGUGGAGGUGGUCCCCAGCAACAUGUGGGGAGGGCAGGGACUCCUGGGAGCCAGUGUGAGGUUCUGUAGCUUCCAGAGAGCCAGUGAGCAGGUGUGGCAUGUGCUGGAUGUGGAACCGGCUUCCCCAGCAGCCCUGGCUGGCCUGAAGCCGCACACUGAUUAUAUUGUUGGAUCGGAUCAGAUACUGCAGGAGUCAGAAGAUUUUUUCUCACUGAUUGAAACCCACGAGGGGAAGCCGUUGAAACUGAUGGUCUAUAACACAGAAGCUGAUUCCUGUCGAGAAGUAUUUGUAACCCCCAAUGGAGCCUGGGGUGGAGAAGGAAGUUUAGGGUGCGGCAUUGGAUAUGGCUAUUUGCACAGAAUUCCAACACAGCCUUCUAUACCAAAGAAAAAGGCAGAAGCUGGUCCCCCUUCUCCUUUGCCCUUGGGAGACACACCUCCUGAACCACCAGCCAAUGGCUAUACAGAGGCUCCUCUGUUAGCACCAAACUCCCAAAGCGAAGAACCUGCAAGCUUAGAGUACAGCACAGAUCAAAGUGUAAAUAUGUAUUCAGUAGAAAAUUCUCUUCAGCCUCCUCCUCCUGUGCAGAGAGUCAUGGAUCCAGGUUUUAUAGAUAUGUCUGGAGCUUCUUUUCCUGAACUAAUUGACUUAGUGAAAACAGUCAAGGUGCCUUCCUCUGCUUCUUUCAACUUGCCAGACACUGUUGCAGCAACUGAUAGCUUAGUAUCUAACAACGGAAUUGAUUCACACUUUGAUCAGGCCUCUAUUCCAGUUUCAGAAGAUUCAAUCUCUUAUUCAGAGGGCCCGAGUCCUCAGCCAGAGUUGGAUGCAGCGCAUUCAGUUUCUGCUUUGCCAUCCCUUCCUGCGGAUAUCUCUGUAAAUGCAACAUCUAAAGCUGAUGGUGGUGCUCGAGAAACACUUAUGCUUUUAGAUGGGACUGAGAGCCUGCAAAUGACCAAAGCGUUACAACCUGACAGUGAAGAUGAAAAGGCCAAGGAAUUGACAGAAGAAACUGUACAGAUCUAGAGCUAAAAAGUGACAGCACUUGCUAUCAGCUGUAAGGAUAUUGGUACCAGACAAUAAGGCUUUUGAUGCCCAGUGACACCCAUUGUGAUAGCAACAGUAAUACUGCAAGAAUUCAAGCUGUUUCCAGGGGCCUUGAGCCAGCCUGUCAUUGUCUGAUAGGUUUCAACAUCUGCAACUACUGCUCAGCAAUAACACUGAUUAUUUGACUUGGAAUCAGUUCUUUAAAAAUGCUGUUUAGUGUGAGGUUUGCUGUCUGCCCAAAAGCUAACAGCAAGACUUUUAGUUUAGUUUUUGUUUUGUUUUUUUAAAAUGCAGCUAGUAAGCAAACAAUGGCUUGAUUUUAGCAGACCCUUUUAGCCCUCUUUCUAGGUUUCAGUUUUAAUUGUGACAACUGUUCACCUUGAUUUUAUAUGUCAAAAUAUUUAAUGUUAAAAAUUCCCAAAUAACACUUCACAAUUUGAUUCUCUUUGGGCACCCAUGUAGAAGAGUCUAAUGUGUUUGCAACUUUCAUGGCCAUAAUCCAGCACUUUCCUCUCUCCAGGUUACAGUGCUUCCUUGCAGAAGAGCUGCUGCAGUACUCCAUCCCUGACACAUGCAGGUGGGCUGGCAUAGCCCCCACAAUCCUCCUCCUCUAGUCAAUGCCACAUUAAAGUUAUCUGGGAGACAGGGAGGUGCAUGCAGACCUCUCGACUAUACACAUGCCAAAGAGGUAGGAAAUGAACCCAAGCAGCUACUUUAUUCUCCUAUUAGGUACCUUACUUGUUAGAAAUCUCUCUUGAAAUAAUAGUUUCAAGGUGAACGUAAGCAAUUUAUAGUUUUACACUUGGGGUUAGAUGUGGCUGAAAUAUUUCUUCUGAGCCUCUGCAAAUUAAAAGUGGUGAUUCUAAACAUGCAUGCAUGGUAAAAUAAUUGAAUUUUAAUUUUUGUUUUCAAAUUAAGUGUGUUCUAAUGGCAGGUAUGUGUUGACUUGAGCAAAUAAGCUACUAUCAUGUAGGUCUGCACCCCUGAUGGCGAGACUGUUGCUUUUCAGGGAGGCUGAUUCCUCUCCUGAGCUCUGAAUAUGGCUUUAUUCAAUAUGAAUAACUGGUGUUCUAUAUCACACUAGAUGUGUUGAAUGGUAUAUUUCAAAAUGGUUUUUGAUUCCCUGCUUCUGUUUGUUGAAGAUUAAAAAUAAACCAUUUUUGGAAAAUACCUGUUAAAAGUACUCCCUGCAGAAGUGAAGUUGCCAUUUUGGUCCUGCUUAUUAUUCACUAGCUCCCAGAAUAAUGUGCAAUCCAAACUCUCAAUCUGCCACAAUAGGUGUCUUGAUGUAGCUCAACCAGAGCAAGUCCCCACCCACUGUAACCUCAGUUGGUGCAAAGUCAUCACCCCCAAGGAAAAUGACAUUGGCAAGGAGAUACAUCUAUUCCAAACCCUUUUCAGGUCAGUCUCGUGACCUAGGGUCCAGUCCUCAAAACUCCCACCCACACCCAGCCAGCAGUAGCACCUUCCAAAGUGUUCUAUUCAGAGUUUGGAAUAGGAACAACAACUCCUUAGAGCCAGGAUUGCCUUGCACACCUUAUAUUUCAUGGUUACAGAGCUUGGAGAACUAGGCAAAGAUUUUUAUUUUAAAAAACACCUGAGAACAAGGAGCAAACUUUGGUACUUAAUGCAAUAAGUUCCUUCCCUGUAGAGGAACGGGAUCCUGUGUGGGUUGUCAAUGCUCACCUCUCAACUGGCAGGAAGCCAAAAUUUUGAGCAGGUAGGUGGUAUACCUGGUGGGCAAGAGUAGACCCUUUGCCAGUUCAAUUUGUGCUUAAGCAAGUAACUAGUCAAAAAUAAGCAAUAGAAGAGGAAGAGGGGAAAAACAAGUCCCAAGAGGCCCCCUAAUGGUUGGUGUUGUAAGGGUAGCACAGAUGGAGAAGAGAAAAAACCCUGGUAUGGGCUUAGGAGUAGGAGGAGGUGGUAGGGAAAUUGGGGUACGGGAGGUUGAUCCUCAACUACGUAUCCAAUAGCUCCCCCCCAACUAUCACUUGGGAGGGGUCACAUCCAGAAUACUGUUGAGGUAGCUGUGCUCCUGGUGAAAUGGGAUGUGAUGCCCAAAAGAGCCACUAACCCAGGGCCCUGGUAAAGAGUGACCUGCAGUUGAACUGGUGAGGGGGUUGCUCUGCGCACCAGGCAUACCCCCUUGAAAGUUUGACUUCCUGCCAGUGGAGAGCUGGGCACUGACAACCCACACAGGAUCAUCUUCCUCCACUACUGAAGAACCAGGAAAAAAAAUUAAAUGGAUGGUCCCAGUUGUUGAGCUUAGUAUUUGCCAACACAGACUAGCAGCGGCUCUCCUGAAAUUGUUGGGUCUUUCCCAAUCUAUGUAGAGAUGCCAGAGAUUGGACCUGGGACCUUCCGCCUGCAUAGCUAGUGCUCAAACACACAACCACAGUUGAAAAAAGCAGCACAGCAACAAACUUUGUAGCCUUACUUGAGGACUAAGCAGAAAUACUCAAUAUACAUACAUAUCUGAUAAUGCAGUGCAGUUGAUAGGGCAAGUGUGCAAAAGAUCCACAGUUGUUCUGUGCGCUAAUUUUGGUUUCAGGAACUUUGAAGAGCUUUCUGGCAAUACCUCUUUUUUUGGCCAAGGAAUUUAUGAUCACAUAAUUAAAACAAAAAUGACCAAAGCUGCUUAGGAAUGUUAGCUAAAGUUUUUUAUUAUUAUUUCUAUACAAUUGUUCAAUACAUGUUCAUCCUUUUGGCAUUACAGGCCCUCUGUCAACCUUUCCUGAAACUACAUUGCUGGGAUUGUAGAAAAUAAAAAGUUUAGAAUCUUGGCUGAUUUUUUAAAAACACACACAAAAGGGAGGGGAAGAGGGGAGAAUUAACUUUCAGUGAAGACAUGGAGAGCACAAAAUUGAAAAUUAGAUCUAUAAGAACAAAGCCCCUCUCCUCCAAUAUCAAUCAAUUCAGGACAAAUUUACAGUUGUUUAAACCAAUGAAUUUACCAACUUCACUAAAGUGUGCAGUGUAGCACAGAGGUGGCAAACUAGAUUGCUGUACACACAAAUGGGAUUUACAAAUGGAAAAUGAUGUCAAGCUGGGAAAGGUGCAUGCAAGCUUAAUUCAUAACCAGACCUUGUUUAGAGCAGUGCUUUGUGUCAUCUGGAACACAAGCGACAAUGGUUUAGGGACAACACAAAGCUCAUCUUUUUGUAACAUGGCAGUUGCUUUGACAAUCUGAUGUGUAUAAAAGCAAGUGCUCCAUGGGGUACUUACCACCCCAAGAAAAAAACGAAGAGAAAAAUGUCCAAAAGGUGCUGUAACGUUGCACUUUGUCUUUCUACCACAGUUGGCGUGGGAGGGUGGGGGAAAGGACACACAUAAUCCUCGAAACACCCAUAAAAGGCAGUCAAAUGACUCGUAAGUAUCAGGCUCUGGAUAUUUUCCUCUUGGUUGGUGCAAAAUUCAUUUGUGGAUAACUACCAAAUAGCAUGGGAAAUAUUCACAGCAUGCCACCGGCCUGCGUGUUGCUCAAUUUUAAGCAGCUCCCAUGCUGCAAAAACAAUGCUGGCAUUAGGGCUUCCAGUUGUCUUUCAACAGUGAAGCAAAACCAAGAUGUUUUGCAGGCUAUAGCUUACAUCUAGCUGCCACCAUUAAGGAAAAGAGGAGUGCUCAUCUGCUAGCAGGCAGGGACCUAAACUUUACUAUACUGCCUCUUUUAAAAAGGCACUUGUGCUUCUGUUUCAAAUAAAAACCACUUUACAAUA